AGUUUUAUUUGCCCGUGGCUGCGGCGAGACGCGCCCGCGCGUUUGUCGCGCAAAGUUUCGCACGCUCGUCGAGACUGCGGUGUACCUCGUGCAUUUCGCGUCACCGUUUUCGCAGCGUCUGGCAAUCAUUGCCGAAUGGAAUGUCUGACGUCAGGACGAUACUGCCUCACGUCGGGCGACCUAUGAACUGCCCUCUAGGCACCGGCCGUGGUGGUGCGGCAUGAGGCAUAGCCAGCGCCAUGAUCCCCCCGGGCAGUGGCCUGCUGCUGGAGGACCCCUGGAUCUCGGGACCACCGGACUCCCUAGUAGAAGUGACAGUGCUCCUGCCCAACGGCCUCCUACUCCUGCUCCAGGUUCACAAGGAGUCUACACUUGAACAAGUCAAGGAGUCGACAUGGCGCGAGGCACGGCAACUGCCCCUGUACCGAGUGCUUCGCGACCGCGACGCGUACGUGUUCACGUGCGUCAGCGAGCGGACCUCGGAGCGAGAGGAGUUCACCGACGAAGAGCGGAGGCUCUGCGAUGUGCGGCCUUUCCAGGCGUUGCUGAAGCUCGUCGACAGGCGUGCCGACAAAGCCGACAGAGCCGUCAACGCCCAGAUUGGACUGCUCAUCGGGAAAGGAGUGAACAGCUUCGAGGCCCUGCAGAGCGCCGAGGUGAACGAGUUCAGGCGCAACAUGCGCUCCUUCUGCAGUGCCAUUGCCGACCAACGAGCCGAGUGGCCUCCGCUCGAGCAGGUCAAGUACCGGUACCCGGCUCGCGUCGACCGCUGCUCGUCGCACUUUCCGCCGCCUCACAUGGCCGACAGGGUGACCGAGGAUACCGCAUUUGACGCACACAUCCUGCUCGAGAGAGGAAGCACGUUAAAAGUGAGCACGUCGGUGAGCGCCACCCCUCAGCAGCUGCUGCAGCAGGCCAUGCAGAACGCCAGCACGGAGGAACAGUUCUUGUGCCACACGGUCGAGAGCCUCGUGCUCAAGGUGUGCGGUCGGGAGGAAUACCUGCUCGAGGAGCUGCCGCUCCUGCAGUACAAGUACGUUCAAGACAAGAUCUCCGAAGGUAUACCGCCUCAGUUUCUCAUCGUUCCCGUCAGCGACAUCCAGACCGAUCACGACAUCGUGUACGCACAGAUCGAGCAGCGCGAUCCGACCAGUGGGUCUCCACGGGCGGCAUUGGAUCAAAAUCAGUGUGUGUCGGCGUGGACCAUAAAGGAAGCCUUCCGGGUCAGGAUCGUGUCGGCCUCCGCCAUCAACGUCGAACCUGGAGCCAAGCUGGCGGUGGAGGCAGGGCUGUAUCAUGGCACAGAGCUUCUCUGCGAAACGCGGCGUACGAACGAGUGCGCGGCCAACGACGGCCAGUGCGCGUGGGACCAGGAGCUCGAGUUCACGCUGCCGGUGCAGGACGUCCCGAACGCGGCUCGACUCUGCCUCGUCAUGUACGAGGUCACCAAAGGAGCCAAGGGAGGAGCACAACGGUCACGCAGGAGGGUCGGACCGGAUUUAUUCGCCGCUCCCCUGGCGUGGGGGAACGUCACGACGUACGACUAUCGGGGUGUCUUAAGGUCUGGCAUUAAGGAGCUCAGCCUGUGGGCCUACGCCGACGACCCACAGGCCGAUGAGCCGGCCAUGUUGAAUCCAAUGGGGACAGCCGUCGCGAACCCAGACCGUCGACAGGCCACGCUGCUCACGCUGUGCUUCCACUCGUACGGCGACCGCCGACUUGUCUGCUUCCCCAAGCUGGACGAGAUUCUUGAAUGUGCCGCAUCCUGUGUCAAAGAGCAGGGUUCCUCGGCGCACGGAAUAGGCCACGCGAGUAAGAGUCACCGCGAGCAGCUGCGGCAGAUCGCCGAGCAGGACCCCUUGGCUCCAGUGCACGAGCAGGACAAGCAGUUGCUCUGGUUCCUGCGUUACGACUGUCUCGAGCUUCCACACUCGUUGCCCAAGCUGUUGCUCUCGCUCCGCUGGGGACAGCACCAGGACGUUGCCAUGAUGCAAGCAUUGCUUCAGAUAUGGAAGCUCCUCAAGCCGGAACAAGCUUUAGAGCUCCUGGACUACAGCUAUCCAGACACCUUUGUGAGAAGUUUUGCCGUGCGCUGCCUUCAUCAGAUGGACGACGAAGAGCUGUCCUUGUACCUCCUGCAACUAGUGCAAGCACUCAAGCACGAGUCUUACCUGGAGUGUGAUCUAGUCAAGUUUCUUCUGGAAAGGGCACUGAAAAACAGGCACAUCGGGCACCAGAUGUUUUGGCUGCUCAGGUGCGAGAUGCACGUGGCCGCGCUGAGCGUCAAGUUCGGCCUAAUUCUGGAGGCGUACUGCCACGGUGCGCCGGAGCACCGUGAAGCGUUGCUGCGCCAAGCCGAGGCCCUGUUCAAGCUGCGCACGCUUGGCGAGCAAGUUCACUUGGAAGCAAGCAAGAGAAAGGCAGCAACUUCCACGUCACUGCCGUUCACCCUGGCCCUGGCGGACCGCAUGCAGCGCACGCACGCACCCCUCACGAACAUUCGCCGACCACUGCCCCCUGGCCGAUCGAUCUGCCUGUGUUAUCAAGCAUGUCCCCACCAAAGAGCAUGCGCAGUGGCCCUCGCUGCUGGGACAUAUCGCCGCCAGUGUGGACGUCUACAGGACAGCCGAGACAAGCUGGUCGCCUCGAUGCGGGAGACCAUGUCAAAGGAGACCUUUCGAGCGACCUUCCGCAAUUUGUGCAGCCCGCUGGACCCGUGCCACGUCUUCAGCUGCCUUAGACCUGAAAAAUGCCGGUUCAUGGACUCCAAGAUGAAGCCACUUUGGCUAGUCUUCGAAAACAUUGAUUCGGCCGCGGAAGACAUUGCGAUCAUCUUCAAAUACGGCGACGACUUGCGGCAAGACAUGCUGACGCUGCAAAUGAUUCGCAUUAUGGACAAGAUCUGGAAAGACGAGGGCUACGACUUCAGAAUGAUCCCGUACCAGUGCCUGUCCACGGACCACAACGUCGGGCUCAUCGAGGUGGUGCGCCGGUCUAACACAAUCGCCAACAUACAAAAGAUGCACAACUCCAGUGCCACAUCGGCCUUCAAGAAAGGCUCGCUCCUGGCAUGGAUCAAGGACCACAAUAAGACGCCCGAGAGCCUGAAGAAAGCGGUGGAGAACUUCACCUUGUCGUGUGCCGGUUACUGCGUGGCCACCUACGUCCUCGGUGUGGCAGAUCGCCACAGCGAUAACAUCAUGAUCAAGGCGAAUGGAGAGCUGUUCCACAUAGACUACGGUCACAUCCUGGGCAAGUUCAAAGAGAAGUUCGGUAUCAAGCGGGAGCGGGUUCCGUUUGUGCUCACGCACGACUUCGUACACGUCAUCACUCACGGACGCCGGAACAAGAGCACUUCGUUUAACAGGUUUCAGCAGCUGUGCGAGGAAGCGUUCAUCAUUUUGCGACGACACGGGUCGCUCAUCAUCUCCCUAUUCGCCAUGAUGCUGACCACGGGCAUGCCCGAGCUGACCUCGGAGAAAGACCUGGACUACCUGCGGGACACCCUGGUGCUCGACUACUCCGAGGGCGACGCGCUGGCCCACUUCCGCGCCAAGUUCGAAGAAGCCCUCAGCAACAGUUGGACCACGAGUAUCAACUGGUUCGCGCACAAUAUCAGCAAGGACAACAAAUGACU